AUGACAGAAACUAACGACACAAACAACGCAAACAAUAUUUCAGUAUUAAAACCAGAUUCUCGUCCAGUAUCCAAAAUAGGUGCUGGCUGUAAAGGAUAUCUUCAAAAGGAAUCUAGAUUACAUCAAAAUUUACAUCCGGGAAAUAUCAUCAUGAUUGAAAGGAUGCAAGUAGCUACACCUGGUCUUUCAGAUCUUGGAAUAUGUAAACCUAUAAAAUUUUAUAAAUCUCCUUCUUCACCUUCAGGGUUUGGCAAUCUUGAACAUUUACACAUUACAUUUACACAUUCUUUUUUUUUCGAAAAUUUACGAAAAUUAACUUUUGAGGAAUUUAACUUGUUGAAGUUUUUAAUCAUGUCUCCAAAUUUACCCAAUGAAUCUCUUCAAAAAGUUUUCAAAUACAUCGACAAAGAUGAUAUCAAAACUUUACAUUCUAUCGUAUUAGUAAACAGAAGUUGGUGCGUGAAUAGUAUUAAAUUACUUUGGCGACAACCUUUUCACUUUAAUCAUUUACAGAGUCACCAUUUUACCAAGAUGAAAUAUACCAAGAUUAAAUAUACUGAAAGGAAUUCUACUAAAAGGAAAAAGGAAAAAUCUCAUAAAUUUUAUAAAAUAAUUCCAAUUUAUUUAGCAUGUCUUGAAGAAGAAAGGAAGAAAUCUCUUAUUAAACUUGAUGAAAAAAAUCCAUUAUGUAUACCAAGUCAUGCAACAUUUAAUUAUCCAUCAUUUCUUAGAAAACUGGAUUUCAUGAAUUUAUUAAUACAGGUGACUAUUUGGUAUGCAACAAGUCCAGAAAUCUUACAAAAGUCAUAUAGUCAAAUAUUUUUAUUAGUUGAAUCAAUUUUUUCACUUUUCCUAAAAUCUUCAACACUUAAAUCAUUUACCAUUUAUCCGCCAACUCUACCAUCACAAACUCUACGACCUAUGAUUACUCAUUAUCCCGAAGAUGGAAAUUCUUCAACAAAUAAUAAUAAUAAAAUGUCACGAGCACCCAAUAAAUCCAAUAUUUAUAAUCAAUUAAUUAUUUAUUCUGCGGUAUUAGGAACUUUGUUUAUACAUGAAUAUGGAAAAUAUCCCAAACAUAAAGAGGAACAUAAAGAUUUCAAUGCAUUUCAUUUAGUAAGACUUUAUUGUUUUAGUAAUUAUUUUAAAAGAGAAGAAAAUUGGGAAUAUUAUUUGAGCAAUGUAAUUUUAAGAUUAUUGAAAGGAGAAAAUAAUUGUUAUACUUUAAUGAAAGUUAAAUUAAUUAUAGCACUUAAGAAAAACAAUUCAAUUUAA